GACCACGCUGCAAGCAUAUCUAAAGCCCUCGAAGAUGUCUUUUCCUGGCUUCCUAUCGCUACGAUCAUUGACAAGGAUAUCUUCGUUGUUCACGGUGGCAUCUCUGACAAAACUGAAAUCGCUAUCCUUGAAAAAAUCCAUCGAAAUCGAUACCAGUCAGUACUACGACCACCAGUACGAAAAGGAGAGGGGAAGAACUCGGUGAAUGUGGAAGAAUGGAAGCAAAUGCUUGACAUUCUUUGGAGCGAUCCUAAGCAGAAUAAAGGAUGUUGGCCAAAUGUAUUUCGAGGAGGAGGCUCCUAUUUUGGUGCCGACAUCACAGCACAGUUUCUUGAGAAACAUGGAUUGAGUCUCAUCGUUCGAUCACAUGAGUGUAAAUUCGAAGGCUACGAGUAUAUGCACAACAAAACCGUUCUGACAAUCUUCUCAGCUUCAAACUAUUAUGAACUUGGUAGCAACCGAGGUGCGUAUGUCAAGUUUAUUGGGCGCAAUAAACAGCCUCAUAUUGUGCAGUACAUGGCAACGAAGACCCAUCGGAAGAGCACUUUACGAGAGCGAUUGAGUUUAGUGGAAGAAUCUGCCGUUCGGGAAGUGAAAGAGAAGCUGAGUGCGUUCACUAAUGAGUUGGAAAAAGAAUUUGAAAGUUGCGAUCCACAGGGAAAAGAAAAUCGUGGAAUUAUGGCUAUCGGUAUCAAAAGUCUUUCCAGCAUUGUUAUUUUACAAGAGUGGCUGAAUUUAGGACAGACUUAG